CCCCCGCCCCCUUCACAGGGGCCGAGGCUGGGGUUGCAGAGAGAACUGGAACUGGGCUCGCCUUAGGGGAAGGCAGCUCGGCCAAUCCGUCCCCUCCCACACCCUACUCCAAGGGGGUGGGUGAUAGAGGAGAGGUUGGGGUUGGAGCAGCAGUGAGGGGGCCCCUCCCUGCACCUCCCCCCACCAGACUUGGUCGCGCCCGAAGUGUAACACUUUCUCUUUGUCGGAGGAGCUCCUCUGUUUCCUGUGCAGCGGCUCCCGUUGUGGAGGCACCCGAAGCAGCCCUGGCGGACCAAGGAGCGAUGGCAGCGGCCGAUAUAACUCGCCAGGUGGACGAAGGUUGCCGAACUGUCCCCCUGGCUGGACAUGUGGGGUUUGACAGCUUGCCUGACCAGCUGGUGAAUAAGUCAGUCAGCCAGGGCUUCUGCUUCAACAUCCUGUGCGUGGGGGAGACAGGUUUGGGCAAGUCCACCCUCAUGGAUACCUUGUUCAACACCAAGUUUGAGGGGGAUCCAGCCACCCACACACAGCCUGGUGUUCAGCUCCAAUCCAACACCUAUGACCUCCAGGAGAGCAAUGUGGGACUGAAGCUCACCAUUGUGAGCACAGUGGGCUUUGGGGACCAGAUCAACAAGGAGGACAGCUACAAGCCCAUCGUGGAUUUCAUCGAUACUCAGUUUGAGGCCUACCUGCAGGAGGAGCUGAAGAUCCGGAGAGUGCUGCACACCUACCAUGACUCGCGCAUCCAUGUCUGCUUGUAUUUCAUUGCCCCCACGGGCCAUUCGCUUAAGUCUCUGGACCUAGUCACCAUGAAGAAGCUGGAUAGUAAGGUGAACAUCAUCCCCAUCAUUGCUAAAUCUGAUGCCAUUUCUAAGAGCGAGCUGACUAAGUUCAAGAUCAAAAUCACCAGUGAACUUGUGAGCAAUGGAGUCCAGAUCUAUCAGUUCCCCACGGAUGAUGAGUCGGUGGCCGAGAUCAAUGGAACCAUGAAUGCCCACCUGCCGUUUGCUGUUGUUGGCAGCACAGAAGAAGUGAAGAUAGGCAACAAGAUGAUGAGGGCGCGGCAGUAUCCUUGGGGGACUGUGCAGGUUGAAAACGAGGCCCACUGCGAUUUUGUGAAGCUGCGGGAGAUGCUGAUUCGGGUCAACAUGGAGGAUCUGCGGGAGCAGACCCACACCCGGCACUAUGAAUUGUACCGCCGCUGUAAGCUGGAGGAGAUGGGCUUCAAGGACACCGACCCUGACAGCAAGCCAUUCAGUUUACAGGAGACAUAUGAGGCAAAAAGAAAUGAGUUCCUAGGAGAGCUCCAGAAAAAAGAAGAGGAGAUGAGACAGAUGUUUGUUCAGAGAGUCAAAGAGAAAGAAGCCGAGCUCAAGGAGGCUGAAAAAGAGCUGCAUGAGAAGUUUGACCGUUUGAAGAAACUGCACCAGGAAGAGAAGAAGAAGCUGGAGGAGAAGAAGAAAUGCCUGGAUGAUGAAAUGAAUGCUUUCAAACAGAGAAAGGCAGCGGCUGAGCUGCUGCAGUCUCAGGGUUCGCAGGCUGGGGGCUCCCAGACUCUGAAAAGGGACAAAGAGAAGAAGAACUUUUUUUAACCUUGUCUUCAGCAGCUGUACUAAGUCUAAAGGAGAAGACUGCCAUUAUAGAAGAGUUAGUUAGGGCUCCAUAUUGUCUCAAGCAAGAAACCAACCAGUUCCCCUCCCCUGCAACCGCGCACAUAUACACCACACUCAACAAGUGUACAUGUGUCCCUGUGUCCAGGCAAGAAGCUCUCUUCUGACUCACAUGGUGUUUUACAUGGAAGUGUCUUGUCCUAAACUCACGAGGCAGGAAAAGAAUCAUCAGAGCUGGAAAUGGACCAAAUGUAACCUCAGACAACGACAAGACCACUCACCCAGGUGUUAAGUGACUGGGGCAGGGGACCUCAGCUGUGGGUGUGGAAGUGCUGUUCACAAGGUUUUGAGUUUUAUGUUUGUUUUGUAAACAAUUCUUUGGUUCAAUGGGUUGACUGCCUUCAAACGCUAUUAAGAUGAUUCUGAAUAUGGAAGAGAAAGUUGAGUGACAUUUGCCUCUUCAGCACUCACGGGCCUUCUGCAGAUCUCAGCAAGGAGGGAGAAGUGGAGCAAUUAGCAUUCAGCUGGAGGAAUAAGGGAG